AUGAAAGCAGCAUGUAUCAUUUUUACAAUCAUUAUCUUCGUGGCCAUCAUGGCAGUGUGCGUGAUGGUGAAAUUUGCCACUGACAUCACUGUGGAGGAGCGAAAACGGGAGUACGACCCUGGAACUGGGGCGUACCAGGUCGCUAAGUCUAUCGCUGUGAUAGCUCUAAAUGAAAACCGAAACAUUCCUAUCGCUAAAAGGUUUCCCUACGUCGCAGCGAUUGCUCGAAACUCCUCGAAAUCCUGGUCUUUCGCCUGUUUUGCGAGUGUCGUGCUAGUUAAGUGGGUGGUAACAUCAGCACAUUGCCGAAAAAAAGGUGCAACCCACCGAGUUCUACUAUUGAGCGAUUUCGCCAGAAACUAUAGUCGGACAUUCCCAAUUUUGUUUUGGAAGAUACACGAGAAGUUCUAUCAGAACAGCAGUUUUCCGAACUUCGAUAUCGCUGUCGCAAAGUUCAAUGUUGAAGACUAUCUAUUCUCUAUCAAGCCUUCUACUUUCGAUAAUAGAUUGGUCUCAGAAGUUGAGGCGAGUGUUUGGAAGACCGUAGCCACGAUGGACAGACGUGUUUAUUUGAUCAAUGAUUUUAGUAUCAUGAACAUGAGGAUCGCUUCUCCCAAUAAAUGUUAUGAGAGCUAUGGCGUCCAUGUGGACGAAAGCCUAAUAUGCAUAGACUUGUCAGAUUUUGACGACUGUUUUGUCCAAGAGUUCGGCCCUAUAUUUCAUGGUGACAAGUUGGCAGGGGUCCUCGCGGCGAAACCGAGGGACUGCGAUGUUAAAUACGCAAUAUUUACGAACGUGUCAUAUUAUGCGACGUGGAUUUUAAAAUUGACGCAUACAAGUUUUUACGGA